AUGCAAACGCAGCAGCAUUCUGCACAAUCUCUAUCUUCUCGUCGCCACUCGUUCUCGUCAUCGGCAUCAUUUUCAUUUCCACCAAACUCAUUCACAGAUAGCGAUAGUCAUAGAACAUCACAAGAAUUACUACAAACACAAAUACGGCAAUUUCCAUCACAACAGCAUUUAUUACAAUCAAUAUUUCAACAAUCUUCAUUACCAGACUCGCAAUUUUGCUCUUCGAAAAUGUCAAAUAUACAUUCUACCAUAAAUUCUACAAGUCGUUCUGCAUCGACAACAACAAAAACAAUUAGAAACACUACUUCCCAUUCCACAAUAUACUCUGAUAACACUUCUGUUCCUGAACCCACUUCAUCUCUAUCCGACUCGGAAAUUCCAACAAACUGUCCAUACGACCUGACGCUGUCGAUUGACGAACUAUUAGCACCAAGCAAACGACCUCGCAACAGCAAAAAACCUCCACCGCGUCCGCCAAACAGUUGGAUACUAUUUUCUAAAGAUUACGCAGCUAGGUUAAAAUUACUUUCCAACGGUUCUGGUGCAGACGCUCAGAAAAUCGUUAAAAAUGCAAAACCAGAGUGGGACAAGCUAAGCGACGAUGCAAAAAAGUGGUUUAACGGUCUGGCCGAGAUUGCCAAGCGCCGUCACAAGGCCAUGUAUCCCGAAUACAAAUUUAAACCUCGGCCACGGGAACGAAGGCGGUCUUCGAUGAAUCCGCUAGGAAGACCAGAGUUUGCUUACGAUCCAGUUGAUAAAUCUUAUGUUUACGUAGAUGAUGGCAGCAACAAUUUUGAGUUUGCGGGAGAUAACACAAGUCUAGAAACAAUCGUAUUACCGGAUGAUGGUAGAGGGACGAGUGUGCAGAACAACUCGCUUAUUCCAUUAAUUCCAAACUUCAAUUUAGAAUAUUUGCGUAUGAACAGUGAAUCUUACAAUAAUCCAUUAUUUGCUCCAAUUUUAUAUAAUGAGAAUUAUGGAAUUACGUCUCCUUCUUUUGGAGAUGGGAAUGGUGGUGUUUACGGAAAUUGA